AUGGCGCAUUCUGGACAGUCAGCUUACAGCGGGUACAUGAUCCGGCCCCGGGCGAUGGGUGUGAUGGGAGAAGAUGCGCGUCAGGCUGAUAACCAACCAGCGUCCGACGAACCUACCGCGUAUGGCGCCGCAUUCCGAAGCGAGGACGUUGCGGCCAGUGAGACGCGCCACCAGGCUAGAGCCGCGGAGAAUAUCGCAAGAAUUAUGAGCCAGUACGGCGGAAAGUAA